AUGAACAAGAUAAUUUUACUCUCACUGCUAUUUAUCAUAUUAACAUCCUCGAGGAGGGUUGGAGAAUCAGAAAUGAAUUAGUUUUCAUGCAUAAAAUAAACUUGCAAAUAAGAACUCUAAACUUGUAUUUAGGAUGAGUAUUGCUUUUCUGUUAUUCAACUUUGUAAUCAAGAUUUUGAUGAUACUGAAAUUGCCCAAAAUGUAAAUACAAUAUUAAAUUUAGAUGAAAAAAUGUUUGAAUGAUGAUAGCAGUUCAAAUAAAUAUAUAUAAUGUAUAACAAAUAAAUGUCUCAAAAAGCUUGUUGCCAAUUUUGGUUCAAAAUGAUUUUAUAUUUAAUAAAAGUAUUCACUAAAAUAACUAAUAGAAGUCAUGCUAUUUCAAUAAUUAUUAGUUUAUUUUGCAGAUUGCCAUUGACAAAUUUAUCAAAAUAAAUAAUGUUAAUUAUGAAUAAGUUUAUUAUAAAAUUGCAUUAAUAAUAUAUUUAAUUGAUGAUCAAACAAUCCACAAUCAGAUUUUUAUUUCUCAUGAUUUACUUUUCCAAUUUUUGGAAUACUUUCAUUGCUUAUUACUAUUUGAAUCUUAGUUUAUAUUAGGAAGUGAACUAGAUAUCUUUUUAUUUAAUUAUGACCAUUUUGAAGAUAAUUUGUCCUGCUUUAGGUGGUUUUAUUAUAGAUCACGUUUAAUUUAAUUUAAACAUUCUAUUCAUAGGAUAAUGGUUAACAAUAGUUUCUUAUAUCUAUUUUAUAGCAAAUAUCUAUUAAGAAAUAGAGGACUAUCUAUAUUUUGCUAUAGGGUUUUAAAUUCUUGGCCAAUAAUUAUAAAUCAUAAUUAUUUUAACUAUGAUUUCAAAGCAUUUCAUUUAAAAAGAAAUACCUUAGUAACAGAUUUAUUACAAAUUUUUAGUUAAAUUGCUAAAUUUUAUUAAUUUGAAUGCGGUGGUCGAUUGUUGUGUAUUUUUUUAUUUUUCUUCCAAGAAAUUAUUACUCUUAAUUAGAAUAGACUUAAAUAUGAAAAGAACAUUUAAUUAAUAUUAUCUAUGAUUCCAUUUGUAAUACUAUUAUCUUUGGCAAUAUGCAUUCAUAGAUCAUUUCCAAUAUUUCGGUAGGAUAUUUAUGAAAAAAUCCCAGAAUUGCAAUAGAUCCCAAUAUCCAUUAAGAGCAAUAUGUUGUAAGCUCUGAAAGACGUAUGCAAAACAGAUGUAAUUCUUAUUUCAGCCUCUGCCAGUGCGGUAAUAAGCAUCAUUCAGAUCUGGGAAUAGUUUAAACUGUCUUUAUUCUAUAAGGAUUAUAACAAGGAUGCUAGCGAAACUACAGAUGUGUGGUUAGUAGUUCUGACUUUUGCAAUUUCUGAAUUCCCAAUUAUUUUGUGUAUAAAUAAAGUGAAAUCUAGCUUUAUUGAUUGCCUAUAGAUUGGGACAUAAAAUUAAAAACUAGAUGGAUGCUCUUUAAUAUUUAAAUAAUGCUACAUCUAGUUCUUUAAUUUACUUUAUUCUAAGCACACUUUAGUUGAUCUGUUACCAUAGUUUAAGAGAUCUCAGAAUAUUCAUUUCAAUUCUAACUAUCACAAUGCAACAGUACAAUCAAACAAUUCUAUCUGUAAAUUUGAUUAUUAUCAUAAAAGAUCUCAAGCACCAUAUUAAUUGGUAUUCAAAAAGCAAAUUAAAGAACUUUGGGAUUAUCAUUUGGAAUUUUAUCAAUGUCUACCAACAUCUAUGAAAUCUGGGUUAUUUGUGUUUUAAGUCAAUUAUCAAAGGAGUGUAAUAUUUUUAAUAAUUACAAGAUUAUCACUAACUGGCUGUAAUAUAUGGAUUUGCAAUAUGUUAUACUAUUUUGGGUGCCACCCUAGCAAAAAUGCUGUAGUUUGUAGGCAUGAUAAAAAUCAGUUAACCUGAUUUAAAUCUUGAUAUCUUCGGAAAGAUGGAUACUUGA